AUGUCUUCGUGCACCAACAUCAACCCCGGUCGAAGUGAUGCCGAGGACGACGUGACUGCUCCGCGGAGUGUCAUCGACCACCUGGACUAUCCUCAUCUGAUUGACCUGAUCCUCGACCACGCCAACGCUGAAACCCUCCUCGCCUUCCGCCGUACUGCCAAAGCCUACGCGGACCGCUGUCUUAAAAUCGUUUAUCAGCACCUAGUUGUCAAGUCUACCUGGAAGAGCCUCAUCAUCGCUUCCUCCCGCGGAACGUCCCCCGACUACCUGGAGCACGACCUUCCCUACUGCUCCGUCCCAACGUUGGUCAUCUUCGGGAUACUCCCAGAGCCCGACUGGCUCUCGGAACCCGAUUACUAUUGGGAAGGCCCAAAUUUUCCUCGCGCUGCAAAGUGCGCAUGGACGUUGGAGUCGUUUCCGGUCUCGCUGCGCUACCGAAGUUUAAUCUUCCCGGAGGAGGUGCCGGGCCUCGUUGUCCUGCAUUUCUGCCACUUCAAGGCAUCUUCUCUUGCGGCAACCUUCUCCUCUCUCUUGGCCAAUAUCAAAUACAUUCUUGAGCACUCAAGCUUCACGACAAUCAAGAUUGUCGACUUGGACCAGGCCGACUACUCUGAUCUUCUGGCUGCCAAACGCUGCGAAGUCAUUCAGGACUGUCAGAGCUACCUCGCGAAAGAGCUCGGACCGACCGGUGCAGGUGUCGCCUGUCUGACCCGAGAGGAGUAUAUCGCCGAAAGCUGUGGUGAAGUCAAGAUGAGCAACACAGCGCUGGUCGCUAUUACAGCUUGCGGAUAG